GUUUGUGGAUGGACGAGCAUUCAUGGAGCAUGCAGCUAACAUGAUGGAAUUAGCAUGUGAAGAAAUUUUCAUUGCCGACUGGUGGCUGUCACCUGAGAUUUUUAUGAAACGACCACCUGUGGAGGGCAAUCGCUGGAGACUUGACGAGAUCCUAAAGGUGCUUCGUCAUCCGGACCAUUAUCUCUCGUCGGGCACAUUUUUUUGGGCUCAUCACGAGAAGCUUGUGAUUAUCGAUCAGCUAAUAGCAUUUGUUGGAGGUGUCGAUUUGUGCUUCGGUCGCUGGGACGAUUGUCGCCACAAACUUACUGACUGUGGCUCAGUGCAGUAUUCCGAGCAACUCAGCGUCUGCGCCGCGGGAGAUUUUUCUAUGGCAUGUAUUUUUUGAGU